CUGUAAUAUGGAUUUCUGAAGUAUGCUGUAGAGUGGAAGAAUUAAGACUCCUGCCUGCAUAAUGCAGCCGUCACAACCCUCAAAAGUGAGACAGAAAAUUAUCCAAUACCACUGUGUACGCUUGAAGUAAACACAGAAACUGUAUCUUCGUUCUGUGUCAAGCAGAUAGCUCAACAUGAACUUUAAUUGUCAAGAUCAUUUUAAAAGUGAAGAGAACAAUAUUUUUCCUUCUGAGAGCUGGCUGCAGGAUUCUGAGUUUCUCCUGCAGUACUGUCCUAUUCACUACUAUUUCCUAAACCAGGUCAUGGAGCUAUGUUCCAUUCUUCACGUUAGGUACUAAUGAAGUUACUUGCUUCAUCAGUGGAAAUGCAGAUCCAUGAAAUUACAUUUUGUGCAAGUUGUUGUUAACUCUGUUGGCAAUGUCUAUGAUUUUAUCUGCCUCUGUGGUCCGUGUGAGGGAUGGACUCCCACUGUCUGCAUCUACUGAUUAUGACCAGAGCACAGGAAUGCAGGAAUGUAGAAAAUACUUUAAAAUGCUCUCAAAGAAACUUUCUCAGCUUCCUGAUAGAUGUACUCUGAAAACCAGGCAGUAUAAUAUCAACUUUAUAAGUUCUCUGGGAGUAAGCUAUAUGAUGUUGUGCACUGAAAAUUAUCCCAGUGUCCUGGCUUUCUGCUUUCUGGAUGAGCUUCAGAAAGAAUUCAUCACUACCUACAAUAUGAUGAAGACAAAUACUGCUGUCAGACCAUAUUGUUUCAUAGAGUUUGAUAAUUUCAUUCAGAGGACCAAACAGAGAUAUAACAACACACGUUCUUUGUCAACAAAGAUGAAUCUUGCUGACAUGCAGACAGAGAUCAAACUGAGACCACCUUACCAAAUUACCUUGUCAGAACUUGGCUCAGCAAAUGGAUUUGCCCAUUUAUCUGUGUCUGAAUAUAAGGGUACUGGUAAGAUAUCUGCAGCUCCUCAUCAGCGUCUGGAACCUGUGACUCUGCCAGGGAUUGUCUCAUUUGUGCUUAGCCUGUUAUGUGGGGCUUUGAAUUUAAUUCGUGGCUUUCAUGCCAUAGAAAGUCUUCUCCAGAAUGAAGGUGAAGAUUUCAGCUAUGUUAUUGCAUUUUUUCUUGGAACCGCAGCCUGUUUGUACCAGUGUUACCUGUUUGUAUACUACACAGGCUGGAGGAAUGCCAAAUCCUUCCUGACUUUUGGGUUAAUUUGCCUGUGUAACAUGUAUCUGUAUGAACUGCGCAACCUGUGGCAGCUCUUCUUUCAUGUGACUGUGGGAGCAUUUUCUACCUUACAAAUUCGACUGCGACAGCCACAGGGAAAGUCCCCCGAUUACAAUGUCUGACAAGUCCUGGAACAUUUAGAGGCAGUCUUGUUCCAACAGUUACUCUCAGGAAUGUAAAGCUGUUCUCCAAAAGAAGCUGUCUGGAUGCGUUUUUCUUUAUUAUUAUUAUUUUUUUUAAUAAAGCAAUGCAAGAUGCCUGUGGACAUUUUUUCACUUGAUAGUUAAACUUUUGCUUUUAAUGAAGGACACAAAAUAAUAUGGGACUAGAGGAGGAAAACAGGUUAUAUCCAUACAUUGAAAUGUAUGUAGGGAUGCUAAGUUUGGGGAAUUUGAUUGAUGGCAUAAAAAAGCUUAAUUCACAAGUAUUUCAAUGGAAGGAAUGUAGAGGGUAUGUGUUCUGCAUAUCAUGCAAGCUGUUCGCUUCCAAAAUCCGUUUUGCCUUUGUGAGGCAGUAGGGGGUAGGCUAACUAAAUAAUAAUGCUAUUGCAUAUUGGCAAACUAGAUUUGGAAUAUGUCAAAUACUAAAUUUCAGAAUGUCAUAUAUAUGAAUGUUUUCUUAAUCAAAAUGUAACCUGGAAACUGGUUCUGGGGUUCACCGUUAUGGCACCUGUGGCCCUCUGUCUACUGUUAUAAAUACUUUAGCAUUUUUCCGUUUAUGAUUUCCUUUUAAUUAUCUUUGAAAGCGGUCUAUGUGGACAGUUUCUUUUUAGCAAUUAUUCAGAAAGUUAUUCCACUUAACCGAAGAUUUUUGCACACUUCCUGUGUUUGAAGUCUGGGAAGGUUGAAAGGAAAUGGAUUGGUGAGUAAAGAGUGACUGGUACUUGUUGGACUGUUGUUCUUCUUUUUAUAUAUUUUUAGAACUGGAUGAAUAAUUUGCUCAAAUGUGAGAUAAUAACUGCUGACAGGAGCAUAAUAAAUCAGUCCGAUUAGCUUAAACAAGAAAAGACCAGGGAUUUUCAUUGUUCUUCUGGCUUUAUGGGUUGGAUGAUUUGUCCUGGCAUAGAACCUCCUUGAUCUAGAGUUGUGUUUGAGAGACCAUUGUGUGCUUCUGAAGUUGGUGAAUCAACCAGCAAGCCCCAAAUGCUUAGAAAAUAGAAUAGUAACCAUAUAGUACCACCAUCAGUUAAGUGUGGUUUUUGUUGUUGUUGUUGCUGGUUUUACAAUUAUAUGACAGUUAUAAUUUAUGUUUCAUAAUAUGCAAAUAUAUAUAGGUAGAUUUUUAUAUGUGGCCUGGAAUAAUAAAAGGGUGUGCUGAA